UUUAUAUCUGCUUUUUUUCCUGUUUGAACCCUAGAUUUUAAUCUACUCCCUGACCUUGGCUUUAUCGCUAGCUAUAAAGGCGCAAGCUUGUCGUUGAGUAGCGUAAUUGUGGGAUUAUUCGCGGGGGUAGAGAGCCAGAUAGCUCCAUCUAUGAGGCUGUGGAUUCAUUGUGACAAUCAUACAGGCGAAACGGGAUUAAGCUGCCUAACUGCGAUCAUGUCGCUCGAGUAUUAAUGAAACGACCUGGCGGCUUUAUUUAUACAUGUACCCUGUCCUUGAUUCCGCCAAAUUGAAAUAAUAAUGAGCUAAGCUUCGCCCAUUUCUCUAUUGUUUUCGCUGCCCAUCCCUUUCUUCCCAUUCUUUUUGAAUAUAUGAUCGUGGUAUUCAUAGCAGGGUUCGUGAGAAGGAUUAUCGCACUGACGCAUUAGAGAUUAUCAAUACAGUCAUUUAGUAAUUUGUAUAAAUCAUGGUGUAAUCAAAUGCAUAGCGGUGCAUACGGAGACCAUGCUCUUUCUUUGAAAAAGGGUAUUUUUCUUGUGUUUAGUGGAGAAUGCAGCUGAUUUGAUAACGUGCAGUACUAAAGUCCAGAAAGGCAAACUGACCCAUAAAACCAAGACUGGCACAUGGAGUUCAUUCAAGUGUUGAAACACUUCAGCCUUAAACUUGUGAUAUGGUCACCCAGGCCACUCAAAGACGAACGAAACCAUUAAACUGGAAUGUUUUGCUUCCUGCAGCUGUCAAGAUUCAAUUUCUUAGUGCUGUCAUAUGAUUCCAGGAAAACAGGGACCCGUGGUUUUCAUUUUAGGCUGCAUUAGAAACAGUUUUCUGAGAGCUCAUAUUAAGCAGAAGUCUGCAAGUACAAACUUGUGAUCUGAACAGCCACCAGCAGGAAAUGAGCCUCUGUCAGUAUGAUUAACAUAAGCGCCGACGCUUAUCCAGUAGGUUAAAUCACCCUGUAAUUUUUACGUUACCUUUCAGCGUGCUUUUUCUUUUUCACGUCUAGAUGCUCUGCAGGUGCAAUAGAGCACUUUUAGCUUCAGAUGGGCAUGAAUUGCUAGUUGAACUGACUUUAGUAAGUAACACCGGUAAUUAAACCAACUUUUGUUAAUCAUUCUGCAGCCUGCUGACCGUUUCUUUCUAAAAUCGUCUGCACUCCUCACAUUGUAUGUGUGGCAACAACAUGUCUGUACCUCUGCUCUCUGAAGCCUUGACAGUGCCUGGGACGGAGAAGGAAACGGCUGUGGUGAUCUUCCUUCAUGGCCUGGGCGACACAGGACACGGCUGGGCUGAUGCUAUGACGUCUAUUCGACUGCCAUACAUCAAAUACAUAUGCCCACACGCACCCCGAAUCCCUGUAACACUCAACAUGAAGAUGACUAUGCCCUCAUGGUUCGAUCUGAUAGGCUUAAGCCCAGAAUCACCGGAGGAUGAAGCAGGGAUUAAGAGAGCAGCAGAGAACAUAAAGGCCAUCAUCGAUCACGAGGUAAAGAAUGGUAUACCAUCCAGUCGUAUCAUUCUUGGUGGCUUCUCUCAGGGUGGAGCUCUCUCUCUCUACACCGCUCUGACCUCUCAGCAGCAACUAGCAGGCGUUGUCGGACUUAGUUGUUGGCUUCCACUUCACAAGACUUUCCCACAGGCUGCAAGUGGGAGUGGAAACAAGGACACUCCCAUUCUGCAGUGUCAUGGGGAGAUGGAUCCCAUGAUCCCGGUGCAGUUCGGGGCUAUGACGGCAGAGAAGCUCAAGACCAUUGUUUCUCCACAGAAUGUCACCUUCCGCACCUACCCGGGUCUCAUGCAUAGCUCCUGUCCUCAGGAGAUGUCUGCUGUGAAGGAAUUCAUUGAAAAGCAGUUGCCCCGAGUCUGACCUCAUUCUAGCUCACUGUGACCCUUAGACACUGACCUCUCACCUCCGACCUGCCAUUCUCCCACAGGAAACAGCCAUGAUCCCCUACAACACAAAACAACACACGAGCAUGCACAUUCAGUUGUACAUACUGUGAACAUGCAACACAUGCAUAACCAUGUCAUCUCACACCUUACUUUGUAAUUUCAUACAUCAGUGGACAUUUAUUAAAAAGGUGAUAUUAUAAGUGGCAUCCAUACAUACAAUAAUAUUCCAUGAAAGUCUUUUGGUCUUUUCUUUAAGGGAGACUCGUUAACUUUCAUUAUACAUUCCUGUACGUGUUACAUCUUGAACCACUAUCUCUCUUCCCUACUCUUCGGUCUCUUUCUCUCAAUAAGCAAGGUGGUAAAGGUAACAUUUUGCUAGACAGCUCUGUAACAGAACUCGGGAGAUUUCAGAUGCUGCAAAUCUGUGGUGGUGGAUGAAGUUAGUGAGAGCCCGGUGCCGUCUGGAGUGACUCGCGUCGUGCUGCUAUGCAUGCUAGUCCCACGGUGCAUGCCUGUGGUGGGGCUUCAUUGGGAUGCUGCAAAUCAUACUUGUGCUGAAAUAUCUUUUGUUCUCUUUUGGUUUUUAACUAGAAAUAUGAGAAAGGCAAGCGAAAAUGGCUCAAAUAAACUGCGCAAAUGAAUCA